ACACAGGAAGGUCAGGUAUAGCAUCAAGGCUGCAUUUAUAUAAAGACAGGAACAUGCAGUGGAAACCCUUGCUUGGAGAGGGAAAAGACCAGAGGAUUUUGAAAGGCACACUAUGAGGAUCUUAAUUUUUGUCCUCACGCUGAGCAUUUCCUUGUGUUCAGGGUUUCCAGUGUACGAUUAUGAACUCCCCAUCACAGAAGAGGCCCUCAAUGCAUCCAUCGCAAAAAUCAAUUCUCAGUCAUGGGGGCCAAACCUGUAUGGAAUUUUCAGGAGCCACGUUCGAAAUGUUGAUAUGUGGAACAGCAAUGAUUAUAGACUAGAGCUGCAGCUCAGCAUUCGUGAAACUGUGUGCACAAAAGCUUCAGGAAGAGACCCGUUCACGUGUGACUUCAAAAUAGGGCCCUUUGCGCGAACUGCUUUCUGCAGAAGUGUUGUGGAAGUCUCUGGUGAGCUGAUUGGGAAUGUCACUGUGCAGUGCCAUCAGGGCACGUCCAGCUCUGAAUCGAUGAGCAGCGAGGAGAUGAUGUUUAUGCGGAUAAUGAACCGUGGCAAGUGGGGCAGCAGUCGCGGAGAAGCCUUCUCUUCAAGAGGAAGAGGCAGCAUCCAUGGAGACUGGCAUAAACCCAACCGUAUCAGCUCUGGCAAGAUUGAAUAAUACAGUUUAGGAGAUUGGAGAAUAUGAUGAACCAAGCCUCAAAGAUCCAGCAUGUUGAAGAACAAACCUGACACAAAUUUCCUUUUGUUUUUCAGGAAAAUCUAUUCUGUAAUGAAGUGAGUCUUUCCUUACAAUCACUUUAAAGUCAAAUGGUCGUCGGAUGAGUUCGUAAGAUGCUGUAUGGGUACACCGGUCAGCUGAUAGCAUUCUGGUGUGUUACAGCUCGGUGGGAGGACAGUCUCUGCCACCUCAUGUAACUGUGUCUACUACAUGUUGUCAUCUCAUAACAAUGCUAUUAAAGGAUCACUGUUCUAUCUCUGUGUUCUGUAUCGCCAGUUGCUUGUAAUUUUCUGUAAUGCUUGUAGCUAAUUAUUGAUUCAUUCAUACUAAUAAAGGCACUUAAUUCCUUUUUC